ACUAGCCCUACACUAUAAACCUACCUUUCCUAUAGCUAUUGCAUACUACCUUUGGUACGUGUAGAAAGACGAAUUACUUUAAAAGUACUGUACGUUAAAAGCAAAGAAGUAACAGUCGUCGCGUCGAUUUUAUAUCCGUAGCAUUAAAAAAUGACAGAUCAUGAACACAACUUUAAUUUCUUCAUGUUGGUAAAAGUUAAUUUGACAUUUGACAUCAAAAUUGAAAGAAGCGCCAUUGAGUUGCAGGCGAUUUUUCUUUAAAAAGUCAAAAGAAAAUGCAUUGUACUCGUCAAAAUAGCUUUGAUUGCGUAGUUCUAUUAAUUCUUCAUUAUUUAAAAGUGUUUUAGACUUAAUUAUACGUGCUGUUUUAUUAGAUAACAUUGUUAUUUCAUUUGCUAAAUUUGUUUUCAACCGUGGCGACUUUUACAAUGUACUCUUGGAGGGAUUUGACAAGCUAAAAUGGCGGCGUCUUUUAAACUUAAAAAUGUUUUGAGUUUUUCGCCAUUUAAGUGAAGUAAUUUUAUGCAUCAAGUGUGUUUAAAUAAUUGAGUGAAGUGCGAAGUAUAAACUUUUCAAAAUGGAUCACAAUUUGGAAGAUUCCUUGAAUCUUGACAGUGCUAUGGGAAUGGACUUUGAGAACGUGGGUGAUGUGGUGGUGAGCCAGGCGGACAUCAGCCUGGACGCCAGCGCGUGCGGCGACGGCGGCAUGCAAAUGGAGUUCCAGCACAUGGAGGAGCAGUCGGUGUUGAUGGACACCGGACACGAGGAAAUCAUUGAUUUCAUGGGUGAUCAGUUUGCUCUUCAAGAAUACUCAGUGCAGGAUGACCAGACUACGUCAGCUACUACCACAGAAGAAUCUAAUCAAAAUAUUCUAACACAAUCUGAUCCUCUGCUGGACUUACAGUUUGAAACACAAACUGUGGCACCAAUGAAACAAGCCCAACCAAAAUUCAUCCCAUUGAAGCAGGCGGCAGGCUUACGCGCGUCUUCUAGCGAAGCUAGCCCGAUCAGCGCGGGCGCGGUGGCGGCGCCGCGCGCGGUGGCCAUCGCGCCCAAGCCGGCGCGCGCCGUGGCCAUCGCGCCGCGCCCCGUGGCGCUCGUUUCCAACAAGAGCUUGGUCAAGAAGCUGCCGCUGGCCGGCGUCAUCAACGCCGGCACCCGCGGCAACACCGUGCUGGGUAUGACUCAUUAGCGUUUGGCCCGGUUUC